AUGAGGAUCAUACUCUUGCUACACUGGCUUGGGGUGUUUCUGUCUUUUUCAGGACAUACCCGGGCUGAGCACCCCCAAUAUCACAGUCCUCCAGAAGUGGUGAUUCCCUUGAAGGUAACACACCCUGGCAGAAGCAUGAAGCCUCCAGGCCAGCUCUCUUACAGCCUGCAUUUUGGGGGCCAGAGACACGUUCUCCACAUGAAUAUCAAGAAGCAUUUGCUGUCCAGACACCUCCCAGUGUUCACCUACUCAGACCAGGGUGCUCUCCUGAAGGACCAGCCUUUUGUCCAGAAUGACUGCUACUAUCAUGGUUAUGUGGAGGGGGACCCAGAAUCCCUUGUUGCCCUCAGUACCUGUUCUGGUGGCUUUCAAGGAUUAUUACAGAUAAAUGAUGUUGUUUAUGAAAUUAAGCCCAUGAUUUUCUCUACCAAAUUUGAACACCUGGUAUAUAAAAUGGACAGUGAGGAGACCCAAUUCCCAAACAUGAAAUCUGGUUUUACGCAAGAAGAGGAAAUUGUACGCCAAUUUGAGUUUCAAGAGAUUGGUAAUUCUACUCUGAAACAAAGUCAUUAUGAUGGCUGGUGGAUCCAUUCAUUCUUUGUUGAAAUUGCACUGGUGGUGGACAAUACUCUAUAUAAUCAUUUUAAAAGGAAUGUCUCAAAGUUGCAGGAGGAUGUGUUUCUUAUUGUAAAUAUAGUGGAUUCCAUUUAUCAGGUAAUGGGUAUGAAGGUGUUAUUGUUUGGUAUGGAGAUCUGGACUAAAAGAAACCAGGUUGAAGUGGAUGCUGUAAGGAGGUCUCUGAGAGAUUUUUGCCAUUGGAAGGCUAAUACCAUUGAUGCCCGCAUGGCACAUGAUACUGUACAUCUUUUUAUAAAUAAGACCUUGAGAGGAUUAAGUGGUUUAGGCUAUGUUGCAGGAAUGUGUAGAUCACACUUUAGUUGUGCAGUUGUUACUUUUGCAAACAAAACCUUGGCCAUUAUUGGAAUUGCAGUAGCUCAUCAUAUAGGUCAUAAUUUGGGUAUGUUUCAUGACACUGUAUUGUGUGUGUGUUCUGCAGGUUAUUAUAGAUGUAUAAUGCGCCAUGACAACCCACCAAUAGCCCAAUUUAGCAAUUGUAGUUAUUCUUAUUUUUGGGGAUAUUCUGUACAGCAGGCAAAAUGUUUGCAGUACACUGUAUACACAAAGGACAUGUUUUCAAGGAAGCGCUGUGGAAAUGGUGUUGUUGAAGAAGGAGAAGAGUGUGACUGUGGAUCUUUUCAGCAUUGUUCAAAAGAUGCCUGUUGUCUGACAAACUGCAGUUUAAGUUUUGGGUCUACUUGUGCUUUUGGGCUUUGUUGCAAGGACUGCAAGUUCUUACCAUCAGGAGAAAUGUGUAGAAAGGAGGUCAAUGAAUGUGAUCUUCCAGAGUGGUGCAAUGGAUCAUCCCAUAUGUGCCCAGACGAUGUAUAUGUAGAGGAUGGAAUACCCUGUAAUGACAAUGCCUACUGCUAUGAAAAGAGAUGUAAUGACCGCAACGCACAAUGUAGGCAGAUUUUCGGCCAAAAGGCAAAAAAUGCAAACGACAGUUGCUACAAACAAGUAAACACUCAAGGUGACCGUUUUGGUAACUGUGGAGUCGAAGGCCCUACAUAUCUAAAAUGCAGUAUGUUGGACAGCUUGUGUGGGAGAAUUCAGUGCGAUAAUGUGGCAGAAAUUCCCCUUCUGACAGAGCAUUCGACUGUGCAUGGGACUCGCUUCAACAACGCCACCUGCUGGGGUACAGACUACCACACGGGGAUGACCAUACCUGAUCUUGGUGAAGUGAAAGAUGGCACAGAGUGUGGCCCAGAACAUGUCUGCAUCGGAAGGAAGUGCGUCCAUCUCUCUCGCUUGGAUAGUAAUUGUUCACCUAAGUUCUGUAACAUGAGGGGGAUCUGCAACAAUAAACAUCACUGUCAUUGUAACUAUAAGUGGGACCCUCCCAACUGCCUAAAACAAGGCAAUGGAGGUAGUGUUGACAGUGGCCCACCCCCUAAGAGAAAGAGGAUAAAGAAGAUUUACCUGGCCCUACCAUGUCUUAUUUUGUUGUUAAUUCUAUUAUGUUGUCUUCUUUUGCUCUGUAUGAGGAAAAAAACUAAGGAAAAAAAGGAAGAAGUUCAGCCUCAACCUGAAAAACCCAAGCAAAAGACUCAGACUCAACAUGGGAAAUAA